GAGAACAAGUUGACAUCCUCAAUGCCAAGUAUUGCCAAAAAUUAAAAAAAAAAAUGUAUUUCGGCUGAUCGCUUGGCUUAACCUUAUUUAGUGUAUCCUGCAUGCGGAUUCAAGCGCGGUCUAUUCGUAUUCGACAGACAAGUCUUAUGAAUACCGAUAUGUCUUAGCGUCUAAUGGCAGCUUAAGCGUUUUGGCAGUUGUUCGGAUGAAAAUCCAAAGUCAGUACUAGGCUAUAGAAUUCAGUAUAUUUCGGACGAAAUUAAAAGACAAUUUUCGUACGAAUGGUCUUAGCACUAGACUUUUGAAUGAAUGAAAACGCCAGCCGCCAGCAUUGUGUAUCAUUUCUUAACUAUACCAAAACAUGCGCGCUGGCAAGCAACGUCUAAAAGCAGCACUUGGAAUUUAUGAGUUCAGAGUUAAUAACAAGUUUCCUUCCAAGUUUUAAGUUUUUCUUCUUAAUAAAAUUGGCAUUAUAUUUUUUCCUAUUGUCAAUUCCAAUAAAACACACUUCUUGGAUAGUUAACGUGACGCAUACUAUAAGAAGGAAGCUUCUUGGAAAUCUUUUCACACAAGUUUUGUGUGCUAAAAAUUGAGGACACCAAGAAAAUGUUUUUUUAGUAAAAAAAAUCGAUUGUGAAAUCGUUUGAGAGAAUUCUGCAUUCCCACAACAGGAACACGACAUCUUGUGCAGUGGGAUAAUGGAGAACAAAGGAAAUUUUAAUUUUAGUUGAUAAUUUGUCGUCGCCGUCUCUUACGCAGAAUCUAGAAUCUCCUUCCGUGCAUCAGCAUCAUUCACGAGGAGCCAUCAUCGACACCACUUCACAUACAACCUCACACAAAAAAAUACACAUUGGAGGAAAUCAAUCCCAAGAUCAUAAAAGGUCAAGUUGUGCUAACAUAGCAGCCAUUUACAAGUCGGAUCUCAUAUUUGUAACAAAAACAGCUUUAACAGUCAGCACAGGAAAUGGUGGGUUCCAAAGCACAACAACCAACAACUACUCAGCAAGCUAGUAAACAUAAUAAUCAUACGGCACAGACAACAACAACUCAGCCGGCAGGCAAGCAUAAUCAUCAUGUCUCAGCCACCAGCACAACAUCCGUCAAUUCACCAUCAUCACUAUCCACUACCAGUAGCAACAAAGAUCUAUUGUCCAUCAGUAGCGCAAUUGGCGUUGUUGGUGGUACCCUCGAGAAUGCAACAACAAAUCAAAUGUACUCCCCCAGGAGUGUGAACAGCAUUAGUAGCUGUUUUCGAAAUAAUAGCAUUAACAAAAUUAGUAUAAAUCCAUUUCAUUCGCUUAUUGGAUCACAUCCAUCCGUAUCAUCGCCCUCAUCGACAUCAAUAGCUUUUGACGCCAACAUAAACACUGCCUUAAUAAGCAAGCAAAUAUAUGCCCAAAAUGAUUACAGGAACAAACAGCCACAGCAGCAGCCACAAUCCGACAGUGAUAAUACAGAUGGUGCCACCAAGUCGAAGGAAUCUUCUCUAGCAGCAGCUCAACACUCCACGUUCUCGAAUCAUUUUAGUGCUAGUUCUGCAAAGGAAUUACUAAAAAUCCCCAAUAAAAUUAAUCCAAAUCCUACAAAUACUCCAACGAAAUCUGCCCCAGGCAACAAACACUUAACAAAAGCUGCUUCUGAACCGGGUAAUCAUCCAGACUCGUCAUCCUCAUCACCAGGUGGUAGUUGUGGCGGCGGCCAAAGUGAUCCAGGCAAAACAGUUAGCAACGCUUUAGUUCCCCUCGCAGCUACCCAAAAUAGCCUUUUCUCAUUUCACGAUCAAAUUCUUAUGUCGGGCCAACAAAAGAGUGCCAUGGCUGAAAAGCCUAAGCCUUUGAUUGUGUCACCCCAGCAGGUUAUGGUCUUAUAUAUGCAUAAGCUCACGCCAUACGAACGUACAGAGAUAUUGUCAUACAGGCAAAUCUAUUUCAUUGGAGCGAAUGCCAAGAAGCGGCCCGGUCUUUUUGGUCCAAACAACUGUGAUUAUGACAAUGAACAAGGUGCUUAUAUUCAUAUACCCCACGACCAUGUCGCUUACCGCUAUGAAAUGUUGAAGAUCAUCGGCAAAGGCAGCUUUGGCCAAGUGAUAAAGGCCUACGACCACAAAACGCACGAACAUGUCGCUCUCAAAAUGGUGCGCAACGAGAAGCGCUUCCAUCGUCAGGCGCAGGAGGAAAUACGAAUUUUGCAUCAUCUUCGACGACAAGAUAAAUACAACACUAUGAACAUCAUACAUAUGUACGAUUAUUUUACUUUCCGUAAUCACAUGUGCAUCACCUUUGAACUGCUGAACAUCAAUCUGUACGAGCUGAUUAAAAAGAACGGAUUUAAGGGAUUCAGUCUGCAGCUAAUGCGUAAAUUCGCCCAUUCAUUGUUGCAGUGCCUUGACGUUUUGUAUAAGAACGAAAUCAUCCAUUGCGAUAUGAAGCCGGAGAAUGUGUUGCUGAAACAACAAGGACGUUCAGGCAUCAAGGUUAUAGACUUUGGAUCAUCUUGCUAUGAGAGCCAAAGAGUGUAUACGUACAUACAAUCGCGUUUCUAUCGAGCGCCCGAAGUUAUUUUGGGAUCCAAAUAUGGGCGACCCAUUGAUAUGUGGUCGUUGGGUUGUAUACUGGCUGAGCUGUUGUCGGGACGAGCUCUGUUUCCAGGAGAAAAUGAGGCUGAUCAAUUGGCGUGUAUUUUGGAGGUACUGGGUAUGCCACCCAAGCAUUUAUUGGCCAAUUCAAAACGUACCAAAAUGUUCUUCAACUCGGAGGGAUAUCCACGCUAUUGUACGGUGCGCAACAUGAGCGAUGGAACUGUAGUGCUUGUGGGUGGACAAUCAAGGCGCGGCAAGCCUCGAGGUCCCCCGGGAUCAAAAAGUCUAUCGAAAGCGCUUGACGGUUGCAAUGAUCCGCUCUUUUUGAACUUCAUCAGGGGCUGCUUGGAGUGGGAUCCCGAGAAGCGACUAACACCUGCGGAAGCUUUAAAACACCCAUGGCUGCGUAGGCGACUACCCAGGCCACCUAGCAGCCAUAUAAAUGGUGCCAUCAGCAGCAGCAGUGGUCCCGGCAGCACUUGCGAUGAGAAAUCGCCCAUAAGUGCAAAUCCCAGCACUGAUAGUGGCAGGGCGAGUGGAUCCUCUGCCAAUACGGAUAUUAGGAAAAUUAGCCAUACUAAAGACUGUUUAGCAGCUCUCACCGCCAUUGGUACGGUGGGACCCUUAGUCUCAUCAUUAAUAUCUCAACAAUCUACAGAUACUCUGUGGGGCCAUCAUCAGACAUCCAGUCAGACAUCUCAUCAAAUCGAGGGGGGCACUAGGACCUAUAGCAAAUUAUCAACAACAUCCGAAUUUUUGGGGGCGUAUCCAGACUCUAACCUCAUUUUAAUGCCCAACAGCAGUAGCCAUCAACAGAGACGUGACAGUGAAGGUCACGCGCACCACUCGUCCAAAGUGGCAACUAAUCAACAACAACAGCAACAACACCAACAACAAACUGAGGAGUAGAAUUUACACAAAAUUCACUAUAUAAGAAAUAUAUGUGUGUGUGUGUUUAGCAGCAGGCGGCAGCGGCAGAAGCAGCAGCAGCAGCUCGCAUCUCUCGUGUCGUAUUUAGUUAUACUCGUAUGUACAGUAUUUAGUUUGUUUUAAAUAUAAGUCUGAGAUUGUUCAUUCGAAUUAGUGUGUUCAUAUAUAGAUUAUUACUAUGAAUGUCCUCGUAUGAGAUUUAGAUAUAAACAAUUCAUCAUUAAUAAUAAAUAUCCACUGAUUCUGGAAAA